GGCAACCCAAAGCACCUCUGAAGUGUUCAACAGAGUGCGGCCAUUUCACAUCUGAGAUAGCGGCAAAGCGGAUAAGGAGCUACCGCAGGACCGAACCCCGCUGCACCAAACAAGCCGUCAUAUUCAUUACUCUGAAGUCCGUGGAGAUGUGUGCAGAUCCAGAGGCAGAGUGGGUGAAGAAGAUCGUGGAGAAACUAGAUCAGAAAAAGGCCACAGCCUCCCCACUUCCACGUGAUGCCACCUCAGCAGCGGCACCAAUAGAGCCCGGUGUUUUUCAGAAACAUGUUGGUCGUACAGCAACAGCUCCAUCUCAAGCCACUGUUCCACCUGGUUUCUUCCAAGGGACUGGCACAACGGUUUUGGAGAGAAUACAUGUUCCUGCUGCCGGGACAGAGGCGUCCAGCAAGUCCCCACCAGCCACGCAGGACACCACCCAGCUCCUUGCAGGAUCGUCCCCCGUGAUACGGGAAGUUGCUGCCCGCUCUGAAGUCACUCCAGAGGGAAACAGAGAUUCCUUAAAAUCUCCUGUACCUUCAACAACUUUUGCAGCAGGCAUGGUCUCCAGCCAGCCCACCCCGCAUCCGCCGGCUCUUGUGCAUGGCUUUGACAACGCCGUAGGAUCGACAGAAGAACCUAUAGGACACGGUGCAAAUUCUGUGGCUGAUCUUCAAGACACGACUUCUCCCAGCUCAAAUUCAGACCCCGUGGCCGUUACUAAAGCAUCAGACCAUCCUGCACUUUCUACAAAUGAAUCCCUGGACCCUACAAGUGCAAGAGCCAACGCAUCAGGCACUGCGUCUAGCAGUUUUAGUUCAGAUCUCCCCUCCAUCCUGGACAGCAUGGAGAUCGCCACAGUUCCAGCCAUGCCAGUUCCACCAGAGACUACUUCAGUUUCUACUCUGAACUCCACAACUUCCAUAGGCAAAGGUCCCUCUGUCCGUACCAACAAGGUUCUCAGUUCCUCUGCAGAUACUUUUGGUACUAGAACAUUUGAUUAUUCAUCGCCUGGAGGAAAGCAAGAGCCUUCAGAUGCGUUAGCUUUCACUAGUCAAGCAUUCUCAGGCCAAGCCAGAGUGCAGGUGACUACAGAAAGACCAAACGAUCUGCUUCUUCCCAGUUUCUUGUCAAGAUCUCAAAUGCACUUUGUCAUCCCAGUUUCUGUGGUAGGUGGUCUUAUGGCUUGCAGUGUUGCUGUUGUAUGGCUAUAUCUAAAAUUUGGAGUCAAAACAGAAGAAAUGUCAAGAGAAAUGGUACAGGGCUUGCUCUACCAGAAGGAGGGACAUCAAAACAAUGUCUUUCCAAUGGAAGUAAUCUGA